UGUAUCCCUUCUUGGACUGGUUCAAUGCGCGGCUUUUCCAACGGCCCGUCCAUACCGGAUAUUUUGACCGUAAUUUGUAGCAUUACAUCACUUUGUGUUCGAACUUCCAUCGUUAAAAUUUCUCUCCUAAACAACUGUUGGCCCAGCUAGGAUGCUUUGAUGAAUUACCGUUUGCUACCAUAAAUGUUAAAAUUUGAAUGAUGAAAUUAAUUUUAAAUGUUAAAUGUUAAGUCUGUGAUGGAUUUAAUUUCAGGUGACGUUUCCAUCAGGGGUGAAAGUAAGAAUAAUGCGAAAUGGAGUUGGAAUUAACGUUUUGCUACAAACUACUCGGGCUAGACACUUUGCAAAUGAAAGUGGGCUCUGUGUGAUUAGUAACCCAAGGAAUGGUAACCAUUUUAGGUGAGAUCUUACAAAAAUUAAAGGUUGUUAAGCUAGAGAAAUAUAAAUUCAUUCAGUUCUCCGGCGCCUUCAGCUACCGCUUGGGAUAGUUAGUCCAAACCAAAUGUCGAGAAGUUCAUUAUCAGUUUAUGAGCAUUCCACUGAUUCCGCAUUGCUAAAAAAAAGGUCAUUUAGGAUUGUUACGUUCCAGACGCAACAGCACCGAUCUUUCCUGCCUAUUUAUUCUUUUCAAGAAGUGACAAUUCUGUAGCUGUCUAACUCUGUUAGGGUAGCACAUGCAGAAAGCUUAUUUACGUGUUGGAAGCUUGUCGCAAAUGAACCUAUAAAAUGCCUCGAUUUUUCAGGCGUCGUAAUUAAAAGCAGAGUGGUUAGGACACCAAGGCGAAACCAUGUACUUCGGCUCAAAUACAGCGUGUAACUGGAAUAUUUCGUUUGAAACCGAAAUAGCACUCGUUGUUAUAGCCAGUAAUUUUGGAAAUUUACUAAGGCGUUGAAAUAUACAACCUUUAUCACUCCUGCCGUAUCUUCCAUUAGUUGUUUUCGUUAUAGAAAAUUUAGCACAAAGGUCGUAUACUGGGGCACCCAACGAUGGUUUCCUCCAGCAAUUGAUUGAAAAGUCUUUUUAGACUAUCCACAGUACUUUUAGAUCUCUACAAAUGCAUUCUAAGCGGCGCUAUAAAAUUUGCAUCUGUUCGGUCAUGCUAGGGGAACUUGCGGCUUUUCGAAAUCUACAAGGGCUUCAGGCCUAUCUUCCAGAAAAUCUUAGGUGCAAUUGCACGUUUUACGAAAGUGAGAAUUUUUGUUAUUCCUCUCUCCAUCAAAUUUUUGAAUCCGAAAAUUUUAUUUUAUUUUUUUACGAAAAAUUGCCUGACAUAAGCAGUAAAAUAUGAAAAAUUAAACUAGGAAAUCUCGGGGAAUUUUUAAGAGCUUCGAAAAUUUGUAAUUAUUAGCCGUAGUCUUCUUUUUGCUCUUCUUGGUGUGUUUUACAUAUACGUCCAUUACUACGUUACAUACGUCCAGCAGCGCGCAAUCUAUCCUGAGGAUAGUUAUCGGGGAAGGGUUAGGGGAACAAGGCAGAAAAGUACGGUUCAGCUUUAGGUACAAUAGCUUUCGCGCGGUUGUAUAUCUUACUUUACGAACUCAGUACAAACGAAAAAAAAAAACAGCCCACAAUUUUAGUAAAAUAAUAAAAAAGGAGCAAAGAUAUGAUUAUAGAGGCUAAAUUCCGGAGUGGUUGAUUUUUAGUAAAUGAACUUGUGAACACGGGAAGCAUGUUUUGAGUUAAAAUAAAUAUUUCUAUUUUCUAAACAAGGUAUUCACGAGCUUCCUGUAGUUUUAAUUUUGCUUUGAUUGUCCUAGCUAGCAAUGAAAGUGACCCAAAACUGAUACAUUUCUCAUUCAGCAAUAUCAGAGAUUUCUGAGGAAUCAACGAACGCUUGUUACUUCAAACAAUAGACCUCUUUAGCUUGUAUGUUUUGUUUUCCCAAUGUACGUCAUGUGAUAAUACUCUGGAGAACAGUUCCUUAAUUUAUGAAAAGACAAAGGCGCAAAUUUCCCUGAGACCUCUAUUGGGAAAACAAACCAUACAGCUAAAGGGGUCUAUUUAUUCGAAUGAGCCAGUAUACUAGCGCUUGUUGAAACAUUCUAUGUAGAUAGUGGAUCGGUCAUUUGGUAGAAAGUAACACAGAAAGAAGCAAUUGUUUAGUGAGUGCUGAAGUGAAGAAAAGAAUGUCGAGUGAACAUAAUGGAUAACAAUAAUAAUAGUUAAACAAAAGAAACGUAUCAAGACGGAUUUUUCUUUGUUUUGACAGGAUAAAAGCUGGCCAAAGUUAUUUUGAUACACUACCACCUCCGGUACUCGAUACCGCUGUGGACUGCAAAGUACCUUGUGCCUGUUAUGGAAAAGGAGAAGAAGGAAGGACAGAAUGCCAACGAGAGCUUCCUGUACAUUUCCCUAACAUAAUGGAUCAGGGAGGAACACCGGUUAUACUUACAGGAGAAAACAAUAUAGAUGGUAGAAGAAAAAGGAGUAUUAAGUAUACAGAUGAUUUAACCGAUGAAGACUUUGAGCUGUUCAAACUUCAUGCUGGGUCAAAACGUUCUAACAGACAUAAACGGGCGUUGCCUCCAAAGGCUAAAUUUUCAAAAGGAAACGCAACUCAAUACUGUACGAAAAGGCUUUCCGAUACAGAAAUUGGAAAACUCUGCGCAAACCUGGGGGCUAAUUUGCAGGAGCUGGUGGACUCUUGCGCGGUAGAUCUUGAGGUAAUUCUUGUUUCCUUAAUAAAAAGAAAAUUAAAAUUAACGUCCUAUUAAUGGGACAAAAAUAUCUUCACCUUUUGUACCAGACAACUGAAAAGCAUUGAUGGCGAAAUCGAACCUGAGGUUGCACCUCCUUGGUCAAUUAAUUACCUUCCAUCCUCUUGUCAAAGACUCCGGGAUUAAAAGUAAAAACGUGAUGAGUCUAUCAAUUUAUUGAAGACAUGUGGAUGCGGGCAAUAAGAUCAGUAACGUAUGUAAAACAAACUGCCGUGAUAUUUUUGCUUUCUGCGCUUAACAAUUUAGUUCUGCCUGUUACGGUCAACAGAAAUUUUAAAGAGAAAAAAUCAAUGUUUAUAAGUCACAAGCGGCGUAAGCCAUUAAGAAUCUAACGGGAAGGAAAAAAGGCAGGAAUUAGUCUGUAAGCCAUGAGACAAAACAAGUAAAGCUCUCUACACGCCGGAAUUACUUUACUUGACUAUAAUUUCUCUCACAUUCUAGUUGACAGGAGAGACCGCGUUUGCAAUUUCUGUUGCAUCCUUACUCAUGAAUGAAUGCGGCGAAAUAGCUGGCAGAAACCUGUCUUACUAUUUAAACGCAAGUAAUGAAGAGAAACCAGAAGUUCCUUCCUAUCUGACAAAUAUCAUUAAAAAGCUGUGCCCGAAUGACUGUACUUUCAAUGGUAGAUGUGUAAAUGGGUCAUGCAUCUGCAACGAAGGGUAUACCGCAAACGAUUGUGCGAUACCGAUUUAUCAGAUACCACAAAUCUCCAUGUAAGUUAGCAAUAGCACAAAAAUUUAUAUUCUUCGCCCGAUAAAUCUAAUCUUGAUCUCACCCUGUGUCGUCCAGAUUCCAGGUACCCAAGAUACCAGAUUCCUAGUCUGUGGAACUUGGGUUCCAGAUUUCAACCCUUAGUGGAAAUCUGGAUUCCUAGAGCUAAAAUUCCGGAUUCCAGAUUCUACAAACAAAUUUCAGAAUCCUCACAGAAAGCAUGAUCGUGAUCAAGAGUUAUCGAGUUUCAGCUAGUUUCUAAUAUAUCGACUUUCUUCACAUAAUUAAAAAUUGAUUUAUUUAAAACUAAUCUCUUACGUAGACGUUUCUUUUGGUCUCACGUCGAAAAGGAUGUCUGCGUCGGGGCUGACUCGAAACAUUGUGAUUUUAAAACCACAUGUCUCAAAUCACCCGGCCGAAAAGACAAAAGCUUCAAUAAAAUGUUCACGCGAAAACAGACAAGUCAAGUGAAGGCUACAUCCUUUAUUUCUUGCAGGAUUUUUUCCAGAAAAAGGCAAGUUCGGAUCACUUUCAGGGCGAGAUUUAGGGGGCAAUAAGUAGACAAUUACUUUAUUAUUUUAUUAUGGUACAAUGUAGGUUCUAUGCUGGUAUAAUUGAUCAUUUUUAUAAUACUAGUAUUGCCGUUGAAUUUAUCCACAGGUUGCAAGGAAAUGGUUUGUGUGACAGGCGUCAACGCCCUUGUCGCAAGGUGACGGUGAUGGGAACUGGUUUUGUCAAUUCAACAAAUAUGACUUGUCAUAUCACAAAAUUCAAGGUACAAAAUUACAUCUUAGGAAUUGUCAUCUCCUUUUUUUUACCAUUUUUCCAGCACGGCAGAAGUAGGAUAGUGUAUAAAAAUCUUCGCUAUAAACAUUACUUAACAGAACUUCUUGGGAUAGCAGGUCGACUAAAACGCAAUCUUUCUAUUUCUGUUACAUUUAUAUAGGUUGUUAACAGUUCUUGGACACCGAAUAACACAGAAAUCCGAUUACCUGGUACAAUGACAGACUUGGCUCUUACAGAGUGUCGUUUACCUGAAUUACCAGUGAUGCCUGGCCAUUACCAUGAGAAAAUUGAAGGGACACCUGCCGCUGGACUUAUGAUAUCCCUGUCUAAUGAUGGUGAACACAAGAGCGCUAAGAAUCUCACUUUUAUUUCCUAUGAUUCGGCUUGCCUGAGUUGUAAUGUUUCGACGGGAUGUGUGCUGAAGGUAGUUGUUCUUGCGCGCCAUUUUCAGACGUAAACUGAAUAUUUGUGGGGUUGUAGUUUCCACUCGUGCAGUAGUUUACCAACUAAGAGCCCCCUACGUAAAAGUCUAAGGAUCCCUGUGCAGUACCCCAGAAUGUCUGUAGGGUCAUGGCCACGGAAAGCUAGCGCCUCGGGAAAACGGGAAAAUUCAAACGCAAGCCAAACAAUAAUGCCUACUAGGACGAAGGAUUACAACUACUGAAAAGAUAGUGUCUCUAGGUGCUCGCACGUUUAGCAAGCAGGCUGAGUGAACCCAUGCAGCCGCAGUUGCAGCUCCAAUUUCAAAACCAUGCCUGUGAAACUUCCCCGGGUGCCCUGCCGAUUUUUGGGUGGUUUGCGAGAAUAAAAAUGGCUGAAACCUUCAAAAGAAGGGUGCCGUAAGGAAAAGGAAGAUUCGACCGGCGCGCAGCCCUACGGAGCCCAAGAUAAAGGUAAUUUAUGAAGGAGUUUAAUGGACGAAGAAUGAUGGAAACACGCCAAAGAUGAAACAGCCCUUACGGCAGUUGAUGAGUACCCGGAAAAAUUGGAGAUUCCUAGGGGUACUCUACUUUCAAAUGUCUUCCGUUGCAAAAUGCAACGUUGGUAAGAUUAAAAGGACAACUUACCGUAAAUUCACCGGCUCUCAGAUAUCUAGAGUAGCCAAAGCAAGCAUGCCAUUGAUUUUUCAUGAUCAAAAAAGUUCAGCAUACAAUAACGGGCUACGUUGAGGCAAAUUUGAACCCUAGUGUCGCUCCAUCUCUCGUAACAGGAGCUGAUUUUGAGAACGGUCGAACUAAAUGAUCGUGUUCCUUUUUGACGGUUGUCUUGAUUUUACAGGGAAAUUCUUGCUUUAUAAAUCGUUACUGCUUCGCGCCAAACGAGACGAAUCCCAACGACUUGUGCUACCAGUGCCUUCCGGACGUCAGCGAAAGCAGGUGGACAAAACGCCAAGGUAAUUAGUAAAUUGAAUUUCACAUUCUCAAUCUUUAUUACAAAUUCUGGAACACUUUACCUGGUCUUUUGCUUUCAUUCCCUUCACUGGAGAUCCCGUGUAUUGUUAGUGUUUUUUAAGUAUUACAUGGAAAUUUUUAAUGACCGCGAUUUAAACAUAUCAUCUUCUAUUUAUAUUACUAUCAUAGUGUUCAUUUUGAUAAUAAAAGUGUAUUGAUUGAAUGUUUUGCUCGCGCCAUAUCUACUUGUGCACCGUGGCAGAAUUUGUUAGGGUUUUCUUUCUAUUUCAGUCGAAAAAUUUUGUUUUUUUUUAAUUGCAAUCCUAACUAAAGCAAAACCAGCUCUUCCAUAAGGCAUGUUAAACAUACUUGGGAUGAUUUGUGUUAUGGUAAAACGAGGGCUUGAAAAAUGAAAAUGAGAUCAAAAGUCAAUGUUUUAUCCAAUAAGGAAGACGUUUGUAGGUUUCGUCUGAAAUACUUCACCUCACUGUAUUUUUGUGAGAUGUCAAAAUCCACUAAGAACGAGAAUAUAACUGUCAGCAACUUAACUUCGUGUCUUUCUAUGAAGGAGUGUGGGACUGGGUAGGGAGAGCACCUUGCAUAGGAACCAUUGAUCUAUAUUUGCGUUUUCCCAUUGGGCAUGUCUGGUAGACAAAGUGUAAUUAGAUGGAAACAGACAACGAUUAGUUAAUUUAUACGACAGCGUUUAACAACAAUCAUUACCCUUUCUCAAAGCAAAUUUUAAGAUGUCUUCUACCCAGAAAAAUGCAUGCUAUAUAUUUGUUGUUUCUUAGUGAAUCUUCCACCUCGAUUUGCAAUAUCCACCCAGCAUUUUGCGCUGUUUGAAGAACUUCUGAAACUAGUUAUUGAGGUGUUUGACCCAGAAGGGAUGCCUGUCAAUGUGUCAUUAGCCAAUGGAAGCCCAAUAGACGCUGCGAUGCGGGACAACGUUCUAAUCUGGAACGUAACCAACAAUGCAAAAACCCACUUCUUUCUUCGUGCAACGGAUAUCUGUCAAGCCACUUCCUCCUCUAAUAUCUCAGUGUCCUUGGUUGACUGCCAGUGUCGAAAUGGAAGUUGUGUUCCACAUCCAAAUAAGCCCAGGGGGUCUGGCUUUUAUACAUGUGAUUGUGUUCCUGGCUUCACUGGAGACAAGUGUGAGACAAACAUCGACGAUUGUCGCUCCUACCCCUGCAUACGAGGUAAUGGCGUUUAUUUCAUUUUGUAGCUCAUUCAGAUGAUCCACACUAAACAGCCUUACAAACAGAUGACGAAAUAAAAUCCCGUCGAGGUGGGUCUUCUUCAGCGAUUGUCAUUAAUAGUGGGAGACAUGAACUUUCUACUGGAUCAAACUCUUUCUCGAUCUCGUUAGCCACCGGUUAGCCGGCCAUAAUUUGCUCUCCGAUAAUCCUUCGUUAACUUGUACAGUUGGUAGGAAGGUAAGGUAGGUAUAGGUAGGAAAUACUUAUUCAGGUCAAAAGAGAAGAACUCUAGCCCCAACAAACUCUGUUGGUUUGAUUUCCACGAAGGACGUUUUUAUACAUAAAAGCGGUAAAUCAAAUUACUGAAUUACUUCUACAAUAACUUCACUGAUCCACAACUAUAUUAUUAUAGCAAGACAAAUAAAGUGUUAACUAUAUUACUAUAAAGAUAUACAGCUUGGACCCAACUAAUUUCUAAUAAUAAACUUUUUAAAUGAAAUGAAUGAGAGUUUUGCUUUAAUUAUUUAUUAUUGUUCAAUUUCUGCGCUCGUUUCUCAGACGUCAUUUGGCGGGGAAACCAGUCUUAGCGUCGCCAAAUGUCGGCUAGCAAUUGGAAAAGUUUGUUUGUUUCAGGUCGCUGUAUCGAUGGCAUCAACAACUUCACGUGCAUUUGUGACGCAGGCUAUAUGGGAAAGACAUGCGACAUUGAUUACGAUGACUGCAGUUCUUCUCCUUGUGAUCAUGGUACUAACACAUUCGCUUUGUUACACUCCAUUACAAAAACUACUUGGAAACGGUCGCUGCCAUUUUUACGACACUGUUAUUGUGAGUGUUUCUAUUAAAAAGAAAGAAAAUCGCAACCCAGGGUCGAACCCGGACCUUUCGUAUCCUAAUCUCUUUCUCAGCACCACUACACUACCACACCGACCUGCCAAAAUUCUGAAACAUUUAAGUACAUGCACUAGCAAACUGUUACAUCAAUAAUAGGUGACAUCAGCCCUUUCCAUAACUUUUAAGGUAAAUUUACCGUGGGUAUCAAUGUCGCUCUUUCUAAAACAAUUCAUAAGCGCAUUUAUAUAUUUGCCUUAUUGCAAUUUAAUCCAGGAAACAUAUUUCAUUUGCCAUCACUAAAGGCUUGGUUACUAAUGGUGUCAUCGGCCGUUAAAAAUGGCAACGACCGUCUACGAAAGGGAAAUAGGCGUAGUUGGGGUUUUGUCGGAUGGACAUACAAACUGACCGUCCCAAAAGCAAUUGUCAAAAGCAAAUGGAACACAGACGAAGGAAGAGCUUGAAAGCUUUUGGGUAAAAUAACGGGAGUUGCAUGUAAGAGUCGGUAUUAUUAUAAUUAUAUUGCUAUUAUUAUACAUGAUUAUUAUCAAUAUCAUUAGUAUUGUUAUUUUCAUUUUUAUCAUUAUUAGUAUUAUCAUUAUUAUUACCCAUUUGGAAGUCUGGAGGAAUUCUUUUGUUCUUUCUUUUUCAUUAGUUUCGGAAUUUUUUAGCCUGGCGUCUUGGCUCGUAUGAGUUUUCUCCCUGCUUUCUCUAUCAUUUGCGAAUUACUUUGAAGCAGUUCAUUUCAUUUUUCUUAUUUAGUUUCUUUUACUUUUAGGGAAUUGUAGCGACUUCACGGGCGCCUACAGGUGUUCUUGUGAGCCUGGCUACGGUGGACAGAAUUGCAAUAUUGACAUAAAUGAAUGCCAAUCAUCCCCUUGCAUUCACGGUGAGUAGCUUCAAAGAAUGGACAUGUGUUAAAGAUAAAAAGUUUAAUUUGCAAGCGUUCUAUACGUACGAUUAGGGUAAUAUUCUUGCCGUCCUUGAAUCUAUCGGAAAUCUAUUCGACAUUUUUCCCAAAUGAUGCUUUAAAUUUUUCCUUAAAAUAAUUGUAAUAAAUUGAGGAAAGCCACAUUUGCUAAAGAUUCAACUGUAAUUUUCAUACUCUUUACAAUAAAAUUUGCCCAAGGUUUGUUUCUUAAGUCCCUUUAAAAGAGAUUAAUUGGGGUAGAGACGAGAUCUUAGGGCGUUGGCCGGGAUAACUGUGAAUUUCACACAUUACGUUAUUUUUAGAGGUUGUAAAUAAACGAAAAUUUUAUUCCUGAGACGUCCGCACAUCGUCAUCAACUCUCCACGCGCAAACCCUUAGCCUCAAAGCAAACGAUGCAGAAUAUGUGGAAAUCUCUUUUUAAACACGGAAGAAAAGUUUGCGGACCUCUCAGGAAACCACCUGUCGAAUAAUGUUAGCGUUUGAUUAGCCUAAAAAUACAGUAAAAACCCGUGUAUAAGAACCUAGACUUUUCCAACUUACCUCGGCUAAAUAGGUUCUUAUAGAAAAUAGCAUUUAGUGGGAUUUUAGGCCACUUAUGAAAUGAAUAGGUUCUUAAUUUGAUAGGUGCACAAGCGAUCAGCACAGAUAACUACUACAGGACAUAAUUAUGUGAUAUGGAAUAUAUUGCCGUAUUAAAUAAUUACAUGUAUCUAGAAUACAGAUUAGAUGAUAACCAUACAGCAAAUUUAUCUUUCCAAAGUACUUGCAUCCAUGUCUUUCAUGCUGCAGUGUCCAUACAAUGCUGUGUUUCAUUUUGAAUCUUACUGACUCAGGAAACCUAGAGUAAAAUUUUUUUCUGUAUUUUCAUCUGUGCCUUCAUUUUUGUAAAGUAAGAACCUAUUGAAAAUUUUAGGCUAAAUAGGUUCUUACGAAAAGGGGGUUUAAAAUGAGAAUUUUAGCCUAGCAGGUUCCUAAAUUUUAGGUUCUUAUACAUGUACGUGGGUUUUUACUGUAACUUUCAGCAAAUUCACUUAUCUCUUCUUAUUAUUCUCUCUUGGGCCCUUUUAAGAAGAUAUAGAGACUCUAAAGGAAUGGAGUAUUAGGAGGAAAUGACACAGGAGAUUCCAUUUGUGGUCAUUUGUGUUUGGCCCGUACCUGCCAGGUCCGUUUUAUGCAAUUGCUCCAAGAGAGAAGUCUAGCCCAGUCUGGCCCUUGUGAAUUUAACCAACUUUUUUCUGACCAAUUUAUUUAAAUGCUUGAAAUAAAUAGGAGGUUGGUUUCCAAAGAGGUCCGAACUUUUAUUCAGUAUUGUUAAAAGAGAUUUAAACAGUCGUCAUUACAGUAUUCUGCAAACGUUAAUCUCACCAUUUUUCAUGCAAAAAAUGCGAUCAACAGUGCGGAAAGUGAAAAUGGAAUAGUUUCGUAUUAUCAGACUGAUAAAGAAGAGGUAAGCCCUCAAAGAUUAUAGUUUAGCAACCAACGUUUCAUAGUGUCGACUGGUAUUUAAACCGUCUCUUUUACUUAAAUUGCUGCCGAGUUUGAAUUCAUUUUUUGAAAAAUAAUGUAUUAUUAACGUCAAUACGUGGGAUGGAGUUGCCCCGAUCAUCCGAGCCAGAGGCUCAUGUAUAAUGCUCAUGUUCAAUUUUCUCCUUUAGGAACAUGUUUUGAUGGCGUUAAUGGGUAUAAUUGUAGUUGCCAUAAUGGAUACAUGGGUCACAAUUGUGACGUGGCGAUGGUUGGAUGUCUUUCCUCCCCUUGCGGCCACGGUAAGUUGCUGUCAUAUCAAUACAAAAAACCCGGGGGAAAUGACACUGAUAAAUACCGUACUUUGAAGAAUGUUUGGAAUAUGAACAACAACCUUGAAUUCAAACGAGAUAUCAGUCAUCUCAAUCGUCAUCUCAAGUAAAACAGUUAAGAUUUAUGAUUCCUAUAAAUGGUGUAGGUUUCUUGAGAAGGACACAAUAGAGAGCUUUAGAUUCUGAGACGAGGACGACUACGAUUACGAGAUUUUCUGAGUAGUGCUCGCGCGUGAACCAGCGUCAUUUUGGCGGGAAAACGUGAAAGUAGUCGUCAUUCUACUACGAGUUUUAGUGAGUUUUAGUGGUGAAAACAAGUUAUAAGAUGUUAGAGGUUUUAUAAUUAUUGCGAUCGGGAGAGGGGCUUGACCUCCUUCAAUGAAGAUAACAGUACUAACUUUUUAGGUGACUAAAAAGUAAAAUAAAGCUUCCCGUUUCCAUUCUUUGAGAAUACUCGAAAAUACUUAAAGUCAAAUCUCGUACUCGUAGUCGCCCUCGUCCUGGAAUUAGAAUCUAAAGCUCUCUAAUAAUUCGUGAGUGAAGUUUAAAGCCAGUGUUUCGUCAUGUUUAUUAGCGUCAUUAGCGCGAGAUAUAUUCAUUCCUCGUCAAAAACAUGCGAAGAAAACGAACCCCAAAAACAUAAGCGUUUAAAAUUUUCUUCAAAAUAACAAAUGAUGCUCAUUUUAUACCUACAUGUAUAUUAAACAAUUAUUGAAUGUAGCUGAGAAUAAAAGGAGGUCGAAAUAAUUACGCAGAUCGAGGAGGGUGUUAUCAACCGAGGUCGAUGGCUGAGGUGGAUAACAGCCUCCGACAAUCCGAGCGGGUACAUAAAUUGUUAUCGAGUGAAUGAGUGGUCCUGUUUUAUGUGUCUCUAGGUCGCUGUAUUGAUGGAAAUAACACCUUCACGUGCACGUGUGACUCUGGCUUUGUUGGAAGGACAUGCAACAUUGACUACGAUGAUUGUAGUUCCUCUCCGUGUAUUCAUGGUACUAAGAAUAACACAUUAUUGUGUUACAACAACAACAACAACAACAACAACAACAACAACAACACCGGCAAAAUAACAGAAAAAAAAGGGAAAGAGAAAGAGAGAGGAAGAACAAAAAAAUCAUUGUACUCUACAUUCGUUUCGAAGAACCCUAAACGCAGGAGUCCGGGUUCUCAAGGGGCGUUUCAGAUUUAUAUGUUAUUCGGUUACAUUCCAAAUCGUGACCGAAUCUGCCAUCUCUCUCUACACCAAGGCAGCACGGAAAGAAAAAUCCAGCGCAUUAAAACCUUGAAAUCGGUUCUUAUUAUUCUAACCGAACUAAUUACCACUUUUCAUUCAGCUGAUUUUUUGUAGCUCCAACAUACGGUAUACAACAACAAUCCCCUGAUUCGCUGUGACGAAAGGCUAGCGCUGGAGCUUCAAUUUCUUAAUCCCCCUAUGGAGUUCAAUCUACUUUUUAACAUUAAUUCAGUUGAUAAAACCAAACCUCGAUAUCAGGCUUAUUUACCCAAUCAUGAGUCUGCCUUGAGUGACUCAAGUCUUCUCUUUUUUUUAGGGACUUGCGUGGAUCUGGUAAACAGCUACUCGUGUUCCUGUGCUGUUGGCUUCAAUGGUACCAACUGUGAUAAAAUCAUCACGAGCUGCACCAAUGACUCCUGCUAUUCUAACGUAACUUGCUACGAAAAUAACCAAACGAUUAGCUGCGGCCCUUGUCCACCAGGAUUGACUGGCAAUGGAAAGAAUUGCUAUGGUAAAUAGACCCUUCCACGGAGUUUUCAACUUUUGAUAUGAUGGAAAAGUGAGGGAAAAUCAGUCGUAUCCACUGAAAAAAAGAGCCUUAAAAUAAGUAAAUUUGCCAAGUUUGAAACUGAUUUGUUGAAAACUAACGAAGGUAUUGCUCCUCAAAGCUCCGAAAUUUUACAGACGUUUGUAUAAUGGGGAGCACAAUUUGCCCCCACAAUACAAACGUCUGCAGAGCUAUUAAUAUCUUCGCUCACUUAAAACGUAUCAAUUUCAAAUUUGACCAUUUUACUAAUUUUAAGGCGCUCUUUCAAGUGAGGUGGAUAGAUCAGUCCCCUUACUGGUCCAUGUCAAAAGUUGAAAAAACUGAGGAAGUGUCUAUUAGAUUGAAGGUCUUUAUCCAUGACUAUGAAAAGGUACUUUUCAGGUUUAUGUAAAAUUAACUACAACGUGGUUAUGCAAAGCGAGAAAUGGCUGCUUCUCAACCCACUUUAAUUUUUUCUUCUUCGUACAGUAUUGACCGAAUGUCAAUGUAAAAAUGGAAGCUGUGUUCCAAACCCCAGGAGACCUGGCUCUUAUAACUGUGAUUGUUUUUCUGGCUUCACUGGAGACAAGUGUGAGACGAACAUCGACGAGUGCCAAAGUAACCCUUGCUACCGAGGUAAUGGCUUUGAUUUUAUAUUGAAGCUUUUGAAGUCAUUUUAACAAGAAAGAUAUCAAACAGCAUUACAAUCGGAUGACAGAAUUAACAUUAACGCUGUUUUCAUUUGCCUGUACUUUUUUCGUUUAAAGUAGCUGGUUACGUACUUCUCCAUCCAAACAGAUGAAAAGUACUGAAAAAUUAAUCUUUUGCUCCUUUUGAUACAUACUUUUUGGUCUACGAAAUUUUUGAGUUCUUUGACCUGAACGUAUCAUGGUAAAAGGAGGGAAUCCGGCCUAGAGGCUGAAUGGAAACUUAGUAGGGUUGCUGAGUCAGUAAAGGCAGAGAACUUCCAAAAUUUGUUUCACAUUCGGCGUCACAAACACCCGUAGGGGAUCGGUGUUUCAGGUAACUUCUUUCUCAGGGUCUUCCUCAUUCCCCUCUCCUGGAAACGUGGAUGUGACCAAGUGGUCGUUUACUGGCCCAUUAGCAGGUAAAGAAAGAAGGGUUAUUUCAAACAAUCUCUUCAAAAAGUGGUCGCGCUCCUUUACAAGUUCCAAGUGCUUUAUUGACUGGGAACAUUUAUUUGGUCCUCUACGAGACGUCAUCACCUGCAAGAGUUGGUGUCACAUGCAUCAAGGUUCGUCCUGAUCACAAGUUUUGGCAGUGGUUUUCUCCAUAAACCAUCGGGUUGUAAUGAAUAACGUCGCUAACUUGUACUUACAUUUUUCUGUUUGAAAUGAAUGUGUUUGAACAAACUAGCUCUUUUUGCUAGCUGAACUUGUGCUUGCAAUGCAUGUGUAAUGACCAGAAAGCUAGCCGCGCAAUUUUCAUCACUAAUAGGAACGAUAACGCGUUAAAUUAGAAACACUCAGUGAUCUUGGUGAUUCGAGCAAUUUGAUUGGUUCGCUAUUUCGGACUGUGGCGUUAUAAUCACCGUGCUUGGCGGUGAACAUAAAGCAAAAGAAAAUCGCUGUCUUUAACUGGGUGUUUUGCCAAAGUUUCAGAGUAAGAACUUUUUGAAAAUAUAAGAAUAUCUUAGUGUUGACGAUUUUGAAGGUAAGAAAAGCCUUCAUGGUGGUUUAAUAAACAGCGUGAAUUAUUUUGAAGUGAUCUACUGUAGCUGAAUGUUUACAUACUCGAAGCAAUUUUACCACUACAGAGGAAAAAGAAGCCGCUUUGUCACUGUUUUGUGAACUCGUGAUUUCCUUGCAAGACCAAUUUUGCCUAUAAAUAGAACUUACUUUAUAGAAAAAAAAAAGGAAUGCAAAUAAUUUCAAAAAUUGUACUUGCCAGCAAGUUAACAAGGGCAAAGAACACUGCAGAUAAACAACGAUCACCUCGAUCGUAACCGCUGUUGACAGCAUUUGUAAGAAGCGACAAAAAAAUCUCUCUCAUUCACGGUGAGUUGACAGAUGAGAAGCAAAUAAAGCUCUACGUUUCUUCUCAGAAGGGGUAGUAAUUUAAUCUUUCGACGUUUUCUUUCAAACCAUUGAUGCUAAAGCUUACAAAAAGAUUAGAAACUUUGAUAUGCCAUGUUGAAGAUACUGUAAGCUUAAAGAUCUAACUUUCGCGCAUCUACUGUUUACGGCUACAUGUUCACGCAUGAAUUCACCUGUCAAUCAAACUAAUCGUUUUUUAAUGGUUACCUUUCUGAUUCUGUUAAGAUCUGACUUCGUGUGUAUAUACUAAAUCAAUUAUUCACCUCAGGCUCAGUUAAUAUUGAAUAUGAACUUCGCCUUCGGUAAUAUUUGUGAAAUAGCAAAGUUCGCGUUUGUUGUUUGUUGUCGAUACAUGUACUUUACUACGUACAUUGUAUUUACAGAGUUAAGUUAAAGAAAUAGUACAUACCUCUAUACGCCUAUGAGCUAUUUCUAAAGCGUAUUGAAUCUGUUAUAUCAUAUCAGAGAUUCAAUACGCUUUUUCUUUCGUCAUAAUGGGUAAUCUCAGCAAUUUCUUCCCUACGGAAUGCACUAUCCGUGUACAAAUUGGUGAUGCACGAACAAGCCAGAACAUUAGGCUACUAAACGUCAUCUAACCACUGGAGUGUAAAUGACGGUGGUAAUGUUUCUUUUGUUUCAGGACGCUGUAUCGAUGACAUCAACAACUUCACGUGCAUUUGUAGCCCUGGCUAUGUUGGAAGGACAUGCGACGUUGAUUACGAUGACUGCAGCCCCUUUCCUUGUGUUCAUGGUACUUUAAUUUGCUACAAAUUUGCGUCAACUUUUUGUUCCUCAAAUUUGUAUUACCAUCACAAAGUAAACAGUGGUGUCUGAAAUGCUUCCCCACUCUCUGAUGGUUUAACCUAGCGAGUGAAUGCGUGAGUGACUGAGUGGAUGAGUGACCAAAGUGGCAUGUUUUGUUUGAUUGCAGGUCAUUGUAGCGAUGGUAUCAACAAGUUCACGUGUAUUUGUGACGCUGGCUAUGUUGGAAGUACAUGCGACGUUGAUUACGAUGACUGCAGUCCUUCUCCUUGUGAUCACGGUACUCAAUAAAUUGCAAAAUCACGUUAAGUUUUUGUUGCACUCGGCAAUUAACAUAUGACGUUCGGAAAGUAUUUAGCAGUGAUUUAUUAGAUUCUUCUUCGCCCCUUCGGUUUUUACCUGGCUAGUAAGCCAGUGACUAAGUGGCCAUUGUUUUCUUUAUUUUCAGGUCGCUGUAUAGAUAGCGUCAACAACUUUUCUUGCAUCUGUGACGCUGGCUAUGUUGGAAGGACAUGCAAUAUUGAUAACGAUGACUGCAGUUCUUCUCAUUGUGUUCAUGGUACUUAGUAACAAACUCAUAUUAAUUUUUUGUUACACCUGGACUGAUUUUUUCGUCUUGCUGUGAUUCCACCAACAGUGUUGCUCCCUCGUUCGAUAUAUACACUUCAUACAAACCACCUUCUUUUGACUCGCUCCAACGAAAUGCGGGCACUCUAAUCUUCAACUUUUCAAUCCUUUUUACGGUAUAUAAAAUUAAUUGGUCAGUAUUCAGGCCUGUUAUUAAAAACUGAAUCAUUUCAUAAUGCAAUUCUAGCGUUUUGAUUGGCUUAGCCAUUAUGGUAUAUGAGCCAUUAUACCAUGCUCUCCAUAUAUGGUCGGUGUACGCGUCAGUUUAAAAUUGGAAGCUAGCUGACAUUUUUUUUCCGCGAAGGAUAGAAUGGCGCCCGAAGCAAAUCGUUUUAAUUCAUAGUCUUAGAAUACUAGAAAAUGAAAUUUCAUCGGGAAAAUAACAAACAAACAAAAAAGCCACGAGAGCUUGUUUGAAAGUCUAUCGAAAAAACACAUGAAAAUACAUGGAACUAAAGUACCUUGGCCAGCUACGAAAGACUACGUGUUUUUUCUUUAUGACUGCGAAGGCACUCGCCGAGUCACUCGCCGAUAGAUAAUUGCGGCUUGUUUAUCCGACAUGAAGAAUAUAAGUCACAAGUAACCAGAAUACAGGCUAUGCAGCCAUUCACUACAGCAAUCGAGGCGUCAGUAUAGCUUCUUUUCUCGUUCAGCAAAACCAGCUGGUGGCUUCAAACAACUUCAUAACAAGCGAACGAGGUAAUAGUUUUUCUCCGUUGUUUUUACUUUUGUAACUGCACCGAAAAUCCAAUUACACAGUAAUUUCGACGGCUGUUACUUAAAAAUUCUUUUUCUUCUCAUUAUCUGCCAGGAUUUUUUAGCUGUCCUGCUGUGUAAAAUCCUAGAAUCUCAAUGAGUUUUUAAAAGUGUUUAUCGCUACAAUGUUUUCAUUUUUCAUUCAUCCAGUCCAGGCGAGUCCGUUGGCGCGUUGACAGUUUUGAUAGACGUGUGACAUGUGAAUAGUGGAAGUCUCUUGUCUUUUCCGGUUUGUUCUUACAAAAUUAAGUCGGGAGAUUCAACAAGAUUUUGUAGGCGUUUUUAAUAAACAAUUAUUCCACUCGCGCUUGUUGGAUAUGAGAUGAUUAUAGCCAACUAAAGCGCCUCGUUGGCUAUUUACCAUCUCAUAUCCAACGCGCCCUGGUGGAAUAAUUAUUAAAUAGCAGGGAAAAAUAGAAAUGCACCCAACUCAAUUAAGAUCGUAUCUACAUUUGUGGCCUUCCCAAAAUUAAAGUAAAUCAAGUGCAUACAUGUAGGAAAAUCGGGAACAGCACCAGCAACCAUAGCCCUAAAGAAAAUUAAAGCAAGUUGGCCAAUGAAUGUCAAUCAACGUUGGCGGCCAACCUUGCUUUACUGACCAUUUUCGUUAAAGGUCGAAAAAGCGUCACAGUUAACCUGUCAAUUUUCUAAUUAAGUGAGCGAUGGAUACAAGUGGUAAGUAGUGGCAAAAAAUAGUGAGAAAAAAACGUCAUUUUUCUACUCUGAUUCCUCCUUCUUGUUUCUUAACCGAUUUCUGUUUUUAUUAUUUUCUCAUAGUGGUAUCGGAAAGUUCCACAGUACCUUCGAAACCUACAACUGAACUUGUCCAGGAGGGAAUUACUACUGGUACCGUUUUCUUUUACUUUGAAAAGAUAUUAGCUUAUUAUUAUGUUGGCGGUCUUAUUUUGUUCAUCGCCGUUUAGUGACACCGAUUUCGACCCGUAUAAACAACCGUGACAUUCCACUUUGUAUCAACGGACAGUCAGAGAAUAGCCAAGAGAUUGAUGGAUGAUGGAGUGUCCCCUUCAGACCUUCAAAUUAAACUCCAUCCAAGGCAUAUUUUAUAAACAUGGUCGUUCUGUCAGGAUAAGUAUAUCUUGAUUUUUAUAUCACGACCUUUCGAAGGCUUGAAGAUACUCGCCGCCACGUUUGCUUUCGCCAAAAGCCACGAGCACUAAAUGCUGGAAACAGUUUUCCAAGUCUUUCAAUUUUUUUCACGCGCUCUUUUUUUGAACAUAAUUAUAAGGUAAGGUUAACAACGUUUCUUGUAUGAAUGGUACUAAUAAUUUAUGUAAUGCAGGUUUUGAAUUGGUGCUUCGGGUAUAUGAAGAAUGGGACGACCGAUUUCGAGUGGAGACCAGUGAUCAAUUUAAGAGCCUUGCUGGAGUUCUGAAAAAUGAGGUAUGUUUUGAGAAUUAAUGCAGAGUUAGUUUAACUUGUAUGUUUCUGAGUGAUGCUCUGUGUAAAAACUAACGCGGCAGUUUCACCGUGCAUUCAGUUUUUGAAAAUUCAAAGGAAAUGUUCUUCAGUGGUAUAAGUUGCAGUAUUAAGCUAAGUUGAAUGCCUCAUAACUUUAAGGAACAGUCAAAUUGAUAAGGAGGAGAAGGGAAGACAAAAGAAUAUUCUUGAUGGUGAUGGAAGAAAAAAAAAAGGAAAGUGAUGGGGGCGGGUAAAACAGACGAAAUGCGGUGGAAUUGGCUGUAGAGGAGAAAGGAGGGAAAACAAAAGAAUGUUGUAUGCAUGGUGGUGGUGGUAGUAAUGGAAACUAAAUCCCAUUCAAUAAAUUUUGGGGUUGGUAAUCAAGAAACGACAAUAGAAAUGUGGUGGUGGUCAUGGUGGAGCUAGGAGGGACGUCAAUUCUUGGGUUGCACGUGACGUCACCAAAAAUCAAACUAAGAAACUAUCGAUUCUUCUGAGUUUCUACUUUCACGAGGUAUUACAGUACCUAAACACCUUUACAUAAACAAAGUUUUGGUUCGAAAGGGUUCUUCGUUUUGCGAGAGAGGGCGCUUGAAUUUCCAGGCUUUUGCGUGAUGCGGCAUUUAGCUGGCGGCCGGGAAAGCCCUCAUGUGGGUUAAAAACAUUAUCGAUUUUGGGAGAUUUUGCAAUCUAAACAUUCCUUGUCGCAGAAUAAAUAUUACUGUAAUCUUUAUGAGUUCCUCAAGCGAAGAAUUCACACAUUAGUAGGAAAACUCGAAAACAGAUGUUUCUGUUGGUAUCCGGCGGCCAUAUUGGUGUUCCUUAAAGAGACACCAACUUGGCGUUUCCAUACAAAGCUUUAUAAAUCUAGGUAAACCGUUUUUCCCAACAUCUCGCAUUUGAAAUAUUUCACAGACCUGAUUCUUGGCAAGGGUGUUUGUAUAUUUAUAUUUUUUCAUUUCCCAGAUUCUAGUCCAUCUGUAUUGAAUGCUUUGCAUUUUUAUUUAUCAUUGCGUGACAGUGCAAGCCGAGAAUAGAACCGUGAUGGUUUUUAGGGUAAGGGUGACACUAGAAACUGUGGCUGUGAUCGAACGGGAAAAAAUAGAAAGAUCUUUAUUAUUUGCCACAGGAUGCAUAAUAUAAUUAAAUAAAAUGUUAAUGCUAAAUUACGAUUACAGAAAUUCGCCGACAAUCAAAUUCUGUGCUGACUUAUUCCCUGCUUACAGCACAAAUGUCCUUCCGCUAUACAGUUUAAAAUAAGACUAGAAUGCGCGAGCGUGAAUUGACCAAACGUCCUGUCGAUUUCUAAGGCUUACUUUCCGGUAAAUAAAAUGAACUGAAUGUUAAAAGUUAAAGAGAAAUUGCGAAAAAAUUCAACUUCUAAGUAAAUCUUUUCUUAUGGUUUAGAAUAAACUAUUCUUGAAACUGAGAAUGUUUCGAUCAAAGCACAGGGUCCAGAGGAGAUGUGUUUGUCGUUAGAACAUCAAAACCCGUCGAAAACCUCCGAAACCUCGAUUUUCAAAAGUCGAUAAUCGUUUACAGUAGAUUUAUAAAGAUUAAUUGUGCUAAGCGACACUGGUAUAGACAUUUUUCAAGUUGAGACUUUAAAUAAGUAAUUCAUUUAUUCAUACGAAACUCCUCUGGACCCUGUGAUCAAAGCUGUGUAAAUCCAACUGAAAAUGAGCAUGGAACCUUGCGUUUCCUGUAUUUAUCUCACCUAUUGUAUGGACUAUGUGUGAAAAUCUUCAUUAUUAAUCGGUAUAUUAAUUUUCAAAGAGCUACACAACGAGCAAGAAUACUAUUGACCGACAAUAUACAGAGCGGGGGCAGCUGUAGUGUCAACUAUUACUAGAAGGAUGAUGCAUAAAUGCUAGGAUGGAGGCGUAAUGCUUAGGUUUUGACAAGAGAAAUAUGUUUUUGAAAGCGAAGUAGAGUGAGAACGCGACCAUGAUACUAGCCAUGCAUCCUGCGGGUGCUGGAUUUGUUUACAACACAAAUAUUCAAACAUUUCCAGUCUUUUAAUUUAAUCACAAAAGCGCCUUAUUUCCUCAAGUGACUCAGGAAAGCGUUAUCAUGAAAUAAAAAAAAAAUGAAAGCAGAUAGUUUUAAGUUUUGGAAUUUUUGUUUCCUCGAUUGCAGAUGUUGAAAAUCUAUUCAAGAGUUCCUAAGUUCAAGAACGUCACAAUAAUUUCAAUGAGGUAACGGACUGAUCUUUUGCUGCUUUAGUAUAUAGAUUUGGACUUUCUUUUUAUGCGUCAGUAUUGUUAACCAUUUGUAAAAUAUUUCAUAUGAAUUAGUAGAUAAGGAUGAGAUUAAAGUACCUGGAACCCUCGAAAGAAGUUUCUUUUCAUUUUCAUGUAAUUUUCAGACCAGACGAGCUCCUUGUGGUGGAAUUCAAAUUGACAUUUGAAACCAAAGUGAGCGUUAAGGAUGCUCUGGCUCCUUUGAAAAAGAAGGUGUCCAGUGGGCAGCUGGGGAGCUUGAAAGUGGACCCUAACUCCCUGAAGCUUAAGAUCAAUAGUCAAGGUACGUAAAAGUGCUUUUACAUGUAGAACAUUCUAUGAUUCUUUUAAACUUUUGACAUGGACAAGUUAUGGCGAAACUUCAUCGACAACGCUAGAAAGAACGACUUGAAAUCAACGACGAUGUCGAGUUUGAUAGUGAAUUGUUGAAAACUAAUUACAAAAAAAGUUAGCUCCGCAAAGCCGUUUUACAGACAUUACCUUGCCCCCACUAUACAAACGUCUGUAAAAUUUCGUAAAUUUGCUAUAUCUUCUGUCGCUUUUAAGGUAAUUCACUUUCAAACUUGGCAAGUUACUGAUUUUUAGCGGAGCACCAUGGGUAAUAAAAUUUGGUAAACUAUAGCCUGAAUUUCAUCCGACUACUUCGAGUCGUUAUUACUCCCUCACUAACGACGUUGUUGAGAAGAGAAAACGACUCGAAGCAAUCGGAUGAAUUUCGGGCUAGGUAAACUUUCCAUCCGAGAAAAUUUGGUUAUGGCGUCAACGUACGUCCGUACGUCCGUACGAACUUUCCGGGUAGGGGUAAGUAGAAACGUAUUCCUCCCCUCUCCCCUAGAGAGUUUUUGUCCCGUAUUGUUUCAAAAGCCUUUAGAUAUGAUUGGCAAAUCAGAAUCUGUCAACUGACCAAAUGUUUGAUGGAUUUUAGGGGCCGACCAUUUGACUUUUGAGGGGGUUAUGGUUGAUUUCAGAGAAAAGCCCUGCAGACUGAUUUCGACAGGAAAAAAGCAUGCAAAUAAAUCUGGGAGAAAAAUAUCCGGUCAUGUCAACCAUUUAGCGGGUGAGGGAAGAAACGGAUUUGACACCUUUGUAAAUGUCAUCUAUCAACAAAAUGGUUGGCGUGCGAUCAUGAUGUGGUGGUUUCCAAGACAAAAGUUUUGCAUUUCAAGAUUGAAAAUACGCCCAUAAAAGACACAAAUAGAAAGAGAAAGUACAAAAGAAUGCUCAGUUUCCUUUUUGUGGACAAACGAACGCUUUUCGCUUUGAAAUUGUCUUUCGAGGAAUUCAACCUUGUUUUCUACACGACGGUCGGAGCGCUCGGCUUGUUUUUAACCAACCAAGGCAGCGAGGUUUCUGAAGACACUUGAGGUACAUUCCUUACUCUAUGAUCAAAGAAGAGUGUUCGUUUUCAAAAAGGAAUUUUUGAAUUUAUAAAGGUUUCAUGGACGUUUUCUACAUUUUGACAUGCAUCGGCGUGAAAAAAAAAUCACAAAAUGUGCAUUUGAAAUUGAUUUUUUGCCAUGUGCUCGACCGAUUUAACUUGCGUGAACGCAACGAUUUAACUUGUCUUACGCGAAUUGCUUUUUAUGAUUAACGUAUGGGUUUUUGAAUAAAAGUUUUCAAGAAAUUAAGUUAUUUAUCUGUCAUUGUUCAUUCAUAACUUUAGCUCAAAAAACGACCAUGAGACUACAGAUUGUGAGAUUUUUAAAACAUUCAGACGGGCCCUUUCUUGAAUUAAAAAUGAAGUGUUGUUUUUGUACAUGUUCCGCAUUGAAUUGCUAUUCGUUUUCUCAUUCAUCACUUGUCAUUCAAGAAUUUUGCAGUGUGUAGAAUUCAAGGAUUUCUGCAGUUUUGCAGCAUGCAGUGUGCUUCUCUUUCUCCAUAACUUGUGCCUUGAAUACAGCUGAAUGCCGCCACAAUUUUGCGUUUGCGUUUGUUUUCAGUUGUUUGUUUACGGCUUCAUAUUCUCAUUGAAAAAGUGAGCGUAUCUAAAAAAUGAAAGAGUUCUCCUCUAUUCUAAAACGGACAGACUCGCCGGCUUCUCGAGCCCGAGUUUGUCUUUUUUUAAUUGUAAGUAAGUUGCUGUAUUAACGUUUAUAUUUGUAGUGAAAGAUUGGAUUAUUGUUAUUAGUGGCGAAAAAGGUUAUCGUUUGCUUUCCUAUGUCUGUCCUCAGAGAAAAUAUUAUACACCUUUCGCUAAAAUUUUUCUUUCAGAUAUUAUGAGAUGUAAAUGUAAAGGAUACACGAAACUGUUCGUCUGGGCCCGUUUAAAAAAAGAAAAAGAAGAGAAAAGAAAAUUUAAUGGGCUUACGGGAACACAAAAGGCCUUAAGUCGGCCUGAUUUUUCUUUUAGGUCUUCCCUUAAACACAGAAACACCGACCUAGAAAUCGUAACCUGUAAAUUGCUGCUACUUAAGAGACCUACAAUUUAACAAUUUUUUCAAUUUAGGUUUGUUGGUGGGAUAUUUUUUCUUAAUCAUUUAGCCCCUCCCUCUAAAGGUGUCUGAUGCCGAAGGCUCUUAGGGAUGUGAACAUUUCUUUGUUUUGGCUUAGAGUUCAUGUUAUUACUUUAAUUUGAUUGUUUCACCAUAAGGGUAGAAACGGAGGCUUCGCUUUUAGCCCUGGCUAAAUCUAUAUAUUAAGAUGUACUUACCAGCAGUGCCAAUGAAUAUUUGAUAACUGGUCGCAUAUCAAAACUUUAAAAAUUGUAGAAUUCCAUUUAGGGUCUAUUAAGAACUAUUAGGUUAUAAUUUUUUUACCUUUAUGUCAAGUAGAAAAUAUUUCCUGAGAUUUGCCUCGGAAUAUUGCAAUAAUGCCUUUAAGUUCAUCAUUAGUUAUAUGAUGUUCAUUAUCCACUACACGUAAUGGGUAAAAGCUGUCCUUGAUAGACGAUGGCAAAAUCAAUUUGUCUUCCACGACUCUUUCUGCCAUUGCCACAUUUUCUUGGUAAAUAUUAUUUUUUCCUCUCCACUCUGCUCAUUUCAGGCCUUCAUUUUGUUUUUGUUUCUUAAUCUAUGCAAGGCUCUCCUACUUUAGCUUACAUGAUGAUGUAUCUUCUUUCUAUGUGUCCCCCGAUGUUAUUGUAGUAUUAAUGAUAUUCUUUUCACUUCGUCUCCGAUUUUUUUGUAGUGGGCAUUGGGCAGUGAUUGUGGAACCGUCUUGAUUAAAAGCCAUAAACUUUGCCUUCUUUGCAUUAAGCUGGAGUCAUAUCUCCCCUUGAGAUGAAUUUUCUAGGCUUUUGUGAUUAUUACUUGAGCAACAGAAGCCAAAAAAUAUAAAAGAGGAGAAACCCGGAACCAAUAACACAUGUCACUCUUGAAAGAGGGCUUUGCAGAUCUCUUUGGAAACAAAACAAACGUCCAUCUAAAAUAUUUCUAUUUUUUAGUACGUAAUAUUUACGAGCAUGUAUAAUAAUAGUUUAGUCUUGGAAUCCCCUAUAGCUAAUUUUCCGUUGGUGUUAUGAAAUCUGAAAUGAAAUUUGAAUCUCAUUUCGAAGCUAUUUCAAGUUCGAAUAAAUAGAGAAACAAUGACAAUAUCGCCAAGAAAGACCGACUUCUGACAAUGGAGAGUACAGUCUUGAUUCAAAGACAUUCUCUGUUUAUGUUGUCCAUUGUAUUUCAACAGAAAAAGGAUCAAGCGAGCCGCAACACGCCUCCAAACUCCCAAUCAUCAUUGGAGUUUCAUGUGCUGCCUUUGUAUUUAUCGCUAUCCCCACCUUGUGCGCUGUUUUCAAAUGGAAUCGUUCUGUCAAGAAUUCUUUGCUACCUCGCAGCAACAGUCGCGUUGGAAGUGGAAGUGCAAUGCCUCAGGAAAUGAUUUUUCGAAAGGUCGAUUACAAAUCGCAGGCGACCAGAGUAAAGGAGCAGAAAUUUUCCUUGCAGGAGAAGAUACAAUUGAGUGAAGUGAAUAAUGGAAUAGAUUUUUAGAAAAUUUAUCACACCCGUUUGGAAUGUUCAUAAUAUUUUGGCUGCAGUAACUGCAUUUUAACGUCGUUAAGACAGAGAGAGAGAGAGAGAAAAAAAAGAUUAACAUCGUAAUUAAUGUAUGAUAUAGCCACCGAGAUAUCGAUUAAUAGAAAUACGGUUCGCAUCUGUCAGUGCCUUAUUUUUCUAUCUGCCCUCUCAGUGGUAAAUAGAUUUUCGAGGAAACGACUGGAGAAAAUACUUUUUCUUAGCUAUAAGAUAUCAGCUAAUGACUGGAUUCUGGAGGCUCAGUUAAUUUGUUUUCCUCGAAGCGGCUGUAUUCGCUGGCGGCAAAUCCAACAUGGCUUCCUCAGUAACUAGCCGAAAUUGCCGUCUCGCAGGAAUGUUUUUGAAAGUUCAGGUUUGGCUUUACUUCAGACGUGAACUGUAUCAUAUAAAGUAAGUAGUGUUCCCAAGCAGUUAUUAGCCUACUGUUUUAAACAAGACAUACGAUUUUGAACUUGAGCAGAUCAUGUAAAUCAAAUCAGUGC